CGUGUCCUCACAAAAGCCCCAUUUCUCCGUUAAUUCAAAGCUAAAACCCCAAAUCUCGUUAUCGCAUGGUCUCUAAAAAUCCGAACCCGCCAGAGGGAUUCUUCCUGGAUCCAAACGGAAUGGCCUUACCCGGUCUAGGACCCUUCGCCACAGCUCCUACCACUGCAUCCACCACGUCUUCAUCGGAGGAUCCGUCUAAGAAGAUCCGCAAACCCUACACCAUCACUAAGUCCAGAGAAAGCUGGACUGAACCUGAACACGACAAGUUCCUCGAAGCUCUCCAGCUCUUUGAUCGUGACUGGAAAAAGAUUGAAGCAUUUGUUGGGUCAAAAACAGUUAUUCAGAUACGUAGUCAUGCACAGAAGUAUUUUCUAAAGGUUCAGAAGAAUGGAACUAAUGAACAUCUGCCUCCUCCUAGGCCUAAAAGAAAGGCUGCUCAUCCAUAUCCUCAGAAAGCCAUGAAAAAUGCCCCAACGACCUCGCAACCUUCUGGAUCCUUUCAAUCAUCAUCUCCUCUCCUUGAAACUGGAUUUGUUAGAAGGCCUGAAUCCACUUCAAUGCCUCUGAGCCCUAUAACUGCUGCUGUGGCAGGUUCUUGGACAAAUAAUAUGUCAGCAGCUAGUUUAUCAAAUCAAAAAAAAGGGCCACUAGUGACAAAUAAUUGUUGCAGUAGCACUGAGAGUACUCCUAGAACGAAACCAAUUGUUGAAAAAGCCCCUGAGUUGGGGAAUCAUGGCCAUCCAUUGAGAGUUCUGCCUGACUUUGCUCAAGUUUACGGCUUUAUUGGCAGUGUCUUUGAUCCAAAUGCUACUGGUCAUCUGCAGAGACUAAAAAAGAUGGAUCCUAUAGAUGUUGAGACGGUGCUUUUGUUGAUGAGAAACCUCUCUAUCAAUCUGACCAGCCCUGAUUUUGAGGAUCAUAGACGGUUGCUUUCUGCAUAUGAGAUUGAUACACAAGCAAUUGGUCCAAACAAAACCCUUAAAGAUGACAUACAAAAGAGUGUUGCUUAAUUUGGGUAAGUAGUGGGACCAACUGAUAAAUCUCCACUGUUGGAUGUUCCUGAACCUCCAUUGAGUUUGUUGUGGAAAUAUUAUGAUACUGACUAUCUUUGAAUUCUAUGUUCUGUCCGGACAAAAGCUACAGGUAGCUUCAAAUGCCAGCUAUUAAAGGCAUGUGCUCCAAUUUGUUUUGUUAUUAGUUUGCCUCUGUUGGUUACGCCAUCAGUUGUAGGUAACUUCUAUCAUUCCAGUCCCAUGUAUAUAUCGAAAAGAUAUAAAAGGAAGAGGAAAUAGAUAUUUAGUACUUGGGGAGUGUAUAGUAAUGCAGUUAUAAAAGUUUUCCCCUGUACAGUGCUGAAUCUCUGUAUUCAAGUUUUGACUUUCAAAUAAUUCCUAGUCAACUCUACUUUAUGUAAGCUAUGUGAUCUUUUGCAAUUGAAGUUGUUUAUGUCUUCUGAGAAUCCU